AGCAAACGAUAAGUAGUCGUUUUUAUCAGAAACCUUGCAGACUGUCCCCUGUACGCAUACGUAAUACGAUUCAAUUUAAUAUAACAAGUAACAUCAUAUCUCUGAGAGAUCUUUUCACGUAUCUCAAAAGUUAAAUCAAGCCAUGGGGAUCGACGGGAAUAAUAUACUUGCGGAGAGUUUAAAAAGACAGGGAGUAGAAUAUGUGUUUGGCAUAGUAGGAAUUCCAGUAAUAGAGACUGCUAUGGCUUUUCAACAAGUAGGAUUGAAAUACAUAGGCAUGCGAAAUGAACAGGCAGCUUGCUACGCUGCUCAAGCUGUGGGCUAUCUUACAGGAAAACCAGGAGUAUGUCUUGCAGUAUCAGGACCUGGACUUCUGCACUGCAUUGGGGGCAUGGCCAAUGCUCAAGUGAACUGUUGGCCGUUGCUCGUCAUCGCUGGCUCCUGUCCCGAGGAUCAUGAGGGCAUUGGUGGCUUCCAAGAGUGGCAUCAGGUAGAGGCCAGUCGUCAGUACUGUAAAUAUGCGUCGCGACCCCCCUCCGCACGUCUCAUCCCCCUGCACGUGGAAAAGGCAGUGCGACUCGCCAGUAGCGGCCGCCCUGGUGUCGCCUACCUCGACGUGCCGGCUACACUGCUUACGGCUGAAGCAGACGAAGACAAAGUACCACUAGAGUACUACAAUCCCGAGCCGGUGAAACUGGGUCACCCGGACCCAGCCCUAGUGGCUCAAGCCGCGUAUGUGUUGGCUAAAGCCCAACGACCACUGGUCAUAGUCGGUAAAGGCGCGGCGUAUGGACGCGCUGAACAAGCCGUUACGAAGCUCGUUGAAACCACUAACCUGCCUUUCCUACCCACGCCUAUGGGCAAAGGCGUAGUGGCCGACGAAUCGCCGCUAUGCGUGUCAUCUGCGCGUACGCAGGCGCUGCUUCAGGCUGACGUGAUAUUGCUGCUGGGCGCCAGACUCAACUGGAUGCUGCACUUCGGACAGGCGCCGAGGUUCGACAAAGACGUGAAAAUUAUACAGGUGGACAUAACUCCAGAAGAGUUCCACAACAGCGUAAAGUCCGAAGUAGCGGUUCACUCCGACAUCAAACCAUUUACUGAGGCCCUCACACAGAAACUAGCUGAAAAGAAGUACAGCUUGCAGCCGGCCAGCAAUACCUGGUGGAAGGUGCUCAAGGAAAAGCAGGUAGCCAAUGCUAAAUUCGUUGAGAGUCAAGCUAACAACACAACAGUCCCUCUAAACUACUACGCAGUAUUCAAAACGGUACAAGCGAAUAUCCCGAAAGACUCGAUCAUCGUGAGCGAAGGAGCGAAUACUAUGGACAUUGGUCGUGGGUUGCUGCUCAAUAACAAACCAAGACAUCGGCUUGAUGCUGGCACUUUCGGCACUAUGGGAGUGGGCCCGGGCUUUGCUGUGGCGGCCGCGAUGUGGUGCCGCGACCACGCACCCGGCAAGCGCGUCAUCUGUGUCGAGGGAGAUUCCGCCUUCGGCUUUUCAGGGAUGGAGAUCGAAACAAUGUUCCGCUACAAGCUGCCGGUGGUGGUCGUCAUCGUGAACAACAACGGCAUCUACGGUGGCUUUGACAAGCAAACCUUUGACGAUAUACAGUCGGGAGGAGACGUUGCACAAUGCACUCCGCCAACAGCUCUGAGCACAGAGGUCCGGUAUGAGAAAAUGAUGGAAAUCUUCGGUGAGACUGGUCACCUGUGCCGCACUGUUGAGGAAAUAGAAGCGGCAUUGAAGAAGGCGCUCAUGGUCACCGACAAGCCUAGCAUCAUCAAUAUUCUGAUUGAUCCACAGUCCAAUAGAAAGCCACAGAAAUUCAAUUGGCUCACCGAGUCCAAAUUGUAAUGACUAUAAAAAAAUACUUGGUGCUAUGAAUGUGUAAAUAUUUUUUAUCAAAGUCUUUACUUUUUAUAAACAUUUUUCUAUGUUUCACAAGGGAUAUAUAAGUGUACUUACACUAAGGUGAAUAGAUAAGAUAAAAAACAAAUCCAU